GAUCGGUUGAUUUGUCGGGGAGUUGUUCAGAGCUUUUUGAAUUGAUAAUGAUAAAUCUCAACGACGGGCGACGGAGUCUGUGUCCACGAUGAAUACUACUACAGAAGUCAAAGUCUGCCUUCUUGGAGACUCUGGCGUUGGGAAAUCCAGUAUCCUUCAGCGGUUUGUGUACAAUACGUUUAAUUCCAGUGCGGAGAGCACUAUAGGGGCAUCAUUUAUGAUGAAAAACCUGGUGUUGCAUGACCGUACAUUCAAGUUUAACAUUUGGGACACUGCUGGCCAAGAAAGGUAUCGAGCUUUGGCGCCAAUGUACUACCGAGGUGCGGCAGCUGCUGUCAUUGUUUAUGACAUCACGUCCAUGGAGAGCUUUAAUGCAGUGCAGAGUUGGGUGAGAGAGUUACAGCUUCAUGGGGAUCCAAACAUCGCCUUGGGUAUUGCAGGCAACAAGUGUGAUUUGGACGAUCAUCGAGAAGUGAGUUUAGCAACUGGAGAGUCGUACGCCCAUCAGCAUGGUGCAGUUUUUGUUGAGACUAGUGCUCUUAAGGCUACCAACAUCCAGGAGCUUUUCAUGGGAAUCGCCAUGAAGGUGCCAAUAGCCCAAGGAGUACGGCAACCUGAACUGAAGCUUAACCUCAAAAAGAAUGCGAACAAGAAGUGCUGCUGAGGAUUGAAGCCACAGACUUUGGUGCAGGAUAUAUGAACUGGCCUUAUUUGCCAUAUGGCAUAUAGCCUUGCUCCCUUUGCUUGAAGCUUGCCACAAGCCUGUGUACUUUGUAAUGUGAGGCUGAACAUGUCCAUGCUGUUGGGAGUGUAAAGCACAUUUGGUCAUUGCACUUGGCAGUGCUCUUUGUUCUGUGAUUUGUAGUCUAAUGAUGCAACUGCACACUUGUUGUCUUUCACCCAAACUUUUUGUAAUUUAUCCUAGUACCAAGCACAGUUAGCACUUUACCCAGCAAUAGGAAGGUGUAAUAUGGGGUUUUGCACAGCCAUGUAAACGAUGCUGUAUUGCAUACGAUGCUGUAUUGCAUACAAUGCUGUAUUACAUACGAUGCUGUAUGCAAGAGGCUGUAUAUCAUAAACACUCCUGUGAGAAAUCAUUCCUUUUGUUUUAUUAAGCACCAGUCAUAAAUAUGUGUUUAUCAAUGACACGGAGGGCAUACAGCCAAGGAAAAGAAAAUAUUUCAGAUUCGUGAAUGGAAGUGCCUAAAAUUGUUACUUCUUGUUGAACAACAUGUUUCAUAGCAAGCUCAAAAUGUUUGCAUUGUUUUUGACCUGUGGUAAGCAGUGCUUUCUCAUUUGAGAAGUGCAGUUACGCCACUUAACUGGCAAGUGCUCCUUAUUGCUUGGUUUUAUUUCCUUUUUAAUGAGUGAUAUAAUCUUUAUUUGCUCCUAAAGAAGACUCAUUGCUGUUGUUCACGUGGCUUCGGCAUGCAUGUUGCUUUGUGCAGUGGUGUAGAGGGCUUGAUUUUUUUUUAACAUGUAUAUUCGACAUGUGUGAAUAGCAAUGUAAACCUUAGUGAACACUUUUUCACCGUGUUAUAGCAACAGACUGCGGUUUGCUCAAACUGUUCAAGGGUUUAUCUUUAAACUCAGAUGAUACAUUAUCUCUAGUUUUAUUUAUAAAUGUGUUUUAUGCUUUUCAUUUAAUGGAUAGACUGUGCUAUUGUGGAUCACUUUGCUUGUAGACUGUGUCAUAAUAGCAAAAGUUUAUUGUGUGUAUGUGAUGUGUGUGUAUUCACCUGGCUUUUAUCUGUUUGAAUGUUUUUUAGGGCCGCUGUACGCACAAUGUAUGCAGGAUAUUCUUUUGUAAUGUUUGAAACAUCUUUAUUUACUGUCGCACUUUCUAUUUGACUCAAAUAACUUGAAGAAAAAUUUAGAAGCGCUUGUCAGUAAUGCUCUAAUCAUUGGACUGAACUAACUUUUUGGGGUGAUUAUUAAGGCUCUUUAAAUUGAGCGGUUUAUAAGCUCAAUUGUUUGUUUCCUGAGUGUCACUCUACAAUGACAAAAGCACUUUCAUUACUUAAUGUCUUAAGAAUGUGCCAUAAAAAACUAGCUUUCACGUACAAGACUGUAACCACAUAUACCAUUAGUACAUUCUGAACUUACACCUUAGUAUAAACAGAAAUACUGGCUUGUGAGACAAGUGUGUGCAUAUUUCUUUGAGGAACCCGUGUCACUCAAUCAAACAACAAUCUUGCAAAUGAUUUAAUGUGCACUGUUAAAUAUUUCAUGCAAACGCUAUCAAAAGCAGGGUCUCAGUGCCUGUUGCAUUGCAUUACUUAGCUUCACAUUCCUGGUUAUGCCCCUGGCUACAACUGCUACAUACUGACGGGUUCGAGUGCAAAAAUUCCUGUGACCUUCACACAGUCUAGAAGGUCAGGUGGGCUGACAUUAAUCUGAAGCUAUUCAGUGAUGUCUUAUAUAGCACCUUGUGUGGAUUGAGGCAUUGAACCUCGCUGUUUAAUUUAUAUUCAACAAAUUUCACAGCCAUGAAAAAGUCUUUGGUCUUGUAUUAACUUGAAUUAGAUACUAACCUAAUGCUAAUGAUAAUCUUUCUCUGCCUGUACACUCUUUGUGUGUUCCUUGCUAAAUGCUUUGCUUCAACACCACAGGAUGUGAAGUUUGUGCAAUCUUUACAAUGGCUGCUCGAGCAGCCAUUGUAACAUGAUUGUAUUUCUACAAAUAGAAAUAUUAUGUUGCAUUAUAUAUAGGGAGCAUUUUCUGUCGUUGUUAUAAAACUGUAGUGUUGAAACAAUUGACAAAAUCGAGAGUCAUUAAGCUAUUUUGAGGAGCUGUGCUAGAUGUUGUGGAGCAGUGUAAAUAAUUUUGGCCACGUGGGGUUUAGUUUUGCAUGACCGGAACUCUAUACGAGAGUAUUUUUGCAUUCAGUCUCUACUAGAAUGUUGCCAUUAUGGUCAGGUUUAGAAAACUGACCAUGCCAUUGAAAGGGGUGCAAAAUAUCAAGCUAGCUUUACUGUUUUUUUUUUUUUUACUGAGCUAUGUUUUGAACUGGUGGGUUAAAGUAAUUACAUCAUUUGUCUCUGGAUAAUUCAUACUGCUGGCCAUUUAAAGUGAUAAUGGUUAGGUCCUGUUUUCAAGCCAGUGGCAAAGUGGAAAAUAUAUUGUUACGUGCACAGUAGUCAAACAUAGAGGAGAAAGUAAGAGCUGUAGCUGGUGGUCUCAUGUUGGGCAGUAUUAAAGGCUUUCCUGAUGAAUGAUAAGAUGUCACAGUUCCUAUGAUUGAACACAACGUACAUCGAAAGCAUGUUCACCAGUGUCCAAUUCGUUCAUUUA